CAUGUCAGUGAGUGUUGUCAGUCGUUUUGUUUAUUGAUUUUUUAAUUUCGCGAGGAAUUUACCCGAAUUCCGGCCGCGCAAAGAUGAGCGUGAUCCGCGAGAAAACGCUACCGAACAAACGGCUCGGCCAGAUCGAGCGUCCGAAUGCGAUUACGCCGGACGACGUGCUGCGUCUGAACAAAAUCACAGACAACUAUCUGUGUACACCGGACGCGAACGUCUACGACAUCGAUUUCACGCGUUUCAAAAUCCGUGACCUGGAAUCGGGUGCGAUACUGUUCGAAAUCUCGAAGCCCGCCGCCGAGAAUUUCGACCAGAGUCUGGAGGAGAACAUCGAGAACACGGAGCCAAUUGAUCCAAACUCCGGACGUUUCGUACGCUACCAGUUCACGCCGCAGUUUCUUAAACUGAAAACCGUGGGGGCCACGGUGGAGUUUACGGUGGGCAGCAGGCCAGUGAACAGAUUCAGGAUGAUUGAAAGGCACUUUUUCAGGGACAAGCUGCUGAAAACGUUCGACUUCGAGUUCGGGUUUUGCAUACCAUUUUCCCGUAACACCUGCGAACACAUUUACGAAUUUCCAACUCUCUCUGAUGAUCUAGUGUCUGAAAUGAUCUCAAAUCCAUUUGAGACACGGUCGGACAGUUUCUACUUUGUUGAUGACUGUCUGAUAAUGCACAACAAGGCAGAUUAUGCCUACAACGGUGGCGUACAAACAUAACAAUAUUUUAUUUGAAUCCAUGACUUUUACAAUAUAUAUACAAUUAUAUAUAAAUAUAUAUAAAACCAACACCGCAUUUAUUUCGGCAAGUCGCACAUUAAAUACACGGUGUUGUUUUGGCACGGCGCUUCUCGUUUUUGGGACGACGCAAAGAUCGAGUCAUUCGGUGUUUGUUGUAAUUUGUUAAUUAAUUUGUUUUGAAUAGUAGCACACUGUAGCAGACAUGCGAUUUUGUAUUCCUUGACAAUCUGGCUAUGUCGCUUCUACACAAUAUUUGUGAUAACAAAAUGAAUAACUAAUAAUAAUAAUAAUAAUAGUAACAAAGCGUGUCAUCAAAAUUUUUUUAUACACACCAAAGAAUUAAAAGUCUGAGUUCCGAUGCGUAAAUAAAUAAUAAAUUUGUAUUUAAAAUGCCUUAGGAUCUUCGACCGAAGAGUAACCGACUUUUUAGAACAAUUUUUCGUGUGAUAUUUACCUUCGGUGUUUGUUGAACUUGAUAGUUUGUUGUGUUUACUUGGAACAGGGUUAAAACGUGCGUUUUAAAUCUAUUAAAUAAUUAAAAUACAAUGAAUUUGGCAUUAGAUUAAACAGUUGAAAAUUUAUUGAGGAUGUAGCAUGUCUUAUUUGUUUAGGUUUAAUCGUUGUUCAAAAGUGUUCAUGUAGGUCACGAAUUUUUAGAUAAUUAGACACAAUAUUUUAACGACCAUUCCUCAAUUUUUACUGUGAUGGGGCAAUAUAUUAUUCCUUUUAUUUAUGUAGUUGUUGUUUAUAUACCGAUGUUUGUUACUUUAUUUAUUUUGGACUUGUAUUUUUGUUUUAAAAAUAUACAUCUUUAUUUUG